AAAAAAUAUGAAUCCUAUUAUUACGGAUAAGAUUAUUGAAAGGUCUUUUACCAGCAUCCCAAAAAAUAUAGAGAAUAACAAAGCGAAUAUGCUACUGAAAUCUUAGAUAUUCGAAAAAAUUAUCAUACGUCAAUUCUGAGCUUGAAAUGGAGUUCAUUACUUUUGAGUAACUGUCCCAAUCGCUGCUUUCUUUCCUUUCUUCUUCAAAUUUCAAUCUCUCUGUUUCUCUCUAAGAAUUUCGGUUGAAUUUUCUUUGACUGUAUCUUUAUAAGGUGUUUUGUUUUGCACAUUGGUGAAAUCCCUAUUGUCAGCAUGGCUCAUCUACUUUCAGCUUCUUGCUCCAUGAAAGUAUCUCCAAGUGAGAAACUUUCCUCCAAAUGUUGGAACAUGGGAUCAACAAAGUUUCCUGUAUCUUUUACUCCACAAACGUCAAAAUCAUCAAUUAGAAAGCUUGUUCACCAAGGAGAUAACCUGAAAAAGUUAAAUGUUGUCCGUGCGACCACUCUACCUGUAGACCAGGAUACUAAAGCUCAAUCGGGCACUGGUUCCUUAGAGAGCAAUGGCAAUACAUCUGGUCGCAAGCGAGUUAUGGUUAUUGGUGGAGAUGGUUACUGUGGUUGGGCAACAGCCCUUCACCUAUCCAAUAAAAAUUACGAGGUUGCGAUUGUUGACAACCUUGUUCGUCGGCUUUUUGACCAUCAGCUUGGUCUUGAUUCCUUGACUCCUAUUGCCUCAAUUCAGAGCCGCAUUCUCCGCUGGCAGUCUUUGACUGGUAAAACAAUCCAGCUUCAUGUCGGUGAUAUAUGUGACUUUGAGUUCUUAGCAGAAACCUUCAAGUCAUUUGAGCCUGAUGCUGUUGUCCAUUUUGGAGAACAACGAUCUGCCCCAUAUUCUAUGAUUGAUCGUUCAAGAGCUGUAUACACUCAACAGAACAACGUUAUAGGGACUCUCAAUGUUCUGUUUGCGAUUAAGGAAUUUGGAGAAGAAUGUCACCUGGUAAAGUUGGGCACUAUGGGAGAAUAUGGAACUCCAAAUAUUGACAUUGAAGAAGGUUUUAUAACAAUUACUCAUAAUGGUAGAACAGAUACUUUGCCUUACCCCAAGCAGGCUAGCUCCUUCUAUCAUCUGAGCAAAGUCCAUGAUUCACACAAUAUAGCCUUCACAUGCAAGGCUUGGGGGAUCCGAGCGACUGAUUUGAAUCAAGGUGUCGUUUAUGGUGUGAGGACAGACGAAACUGCAAUGCACGAAGAAUUGUCCAACAGGUUUGACUAUGAUGCUGUUUUUGGUACAGCACUAAAUCGGUUUUGUGUUCAGGCAGCUGUCGGUCAUCCCCUUACCGUGUAUGGCAAAGGGGGUCAGACGAGGGGAUAUCUUGAUAUAAGAGAUACUGUUCAGUGUGUGGAGUUAGCCAUUGCAAAUCCUGCUAAACCUGGAGAAUUCAGAGUCUUCAAUCAAUUCACGGAGCAGUUUUCAGUAAGAGAUCUUGCUGCCCUCGUAACAAAAGCGGGAGAAAAACUUGGUCUAAGUGUUGAAACCAUAUCCGUGCCAAACCCAAGAGUCGAGGCAGAAGAACAUUACUACAAUGCUAAGCAUACUAAACUCAUUGAGCUAGGUCUCCAACCACACCUUUUAUCCGACUCACUUCUCGAUUCUGUGCUAAAUUUUGCAAUUCAAUACAAAGAUCGUGUUGACACGAAACUAAUUAUGCCUAGUGUUUCCUGGAAAAAGAUUGGAGUCAAGCCACAAACUCUUCGAGCAUAAAGUUAGGGAGAGGAAAGAGAGUUCUUUUUCGAAUGAAGAGUUUGCAGAUAUGUAUUCCGUUGAGUAUUGUAUUUGUAUUUUAUUGAUUAAACUGUUCUUACAUAGAGAAAUUAGCAGUUAGGUAGCUGUUGAUCUCAAAUUACGUUUGCGGUGUUAGAGAUCAUGUGUUGUGUACAAUAAUGUAACGCUUGAAUGUCCUCUCAAAUGACAAUAUAUGUAUGGCUUAGAGCCGAAAAUAGCUAUC